AUGAAGCCAGGCUGUGCGGCAGGAUCUCCAGGGAAUGAAUGGAUUUUCUUCAGCACCGAUGAAAGAAACAUACGCUACAGGAAAACAAUGUCCAACGGGGGACUGCAAAGAUCUGUCAUCCUGUCGGCAUUUAUUCUUCUACGAGCUGUUACUGGAUUCUCUGGCGACGGAAGAGCUAUCUGGUCAAAAAAUCCUGAUUUUAGUCCGGUAAAUGAAAGUCAGCUGUUUCUCUAUGACACUUUUCCUAAAAACUUUUUCUGGGGUGUUGGGACUGGAGCAUUUCAAGUGGAAGGGAGUUGGAAGAAGGAUGGAAAAGGACACUCUAUCUGGGAUCACUUCACCAGUACACACCUUAAAAAUGUCAAUAGCACGAAUGGUUCUACUGACAGUUACAUUUUUCUGGAAAAAGACUUAUCAGCCCUGGAUUUUUUAGAAGUUUCUUUUUAUCAAUUUUCAAUUUCCUGGCCAAGGCUUUUCCCUGAUGGAAUAGUAGGAGUUGCCAACGCAAAAGGUCUCCAGUACUAUAAUGCUCUUAUCGACGCUCUAAUACGUAGAAACGUUGAACCUGUAGUUACUUUAUACCAUUGGGAUUUGCCUUUGGAGCUACAAGAAAAAUAUGGGGGGUGGAAAAAUGAAACCAUAAUAGAUAUCUUCAAUGACUAUGCCACAUACUGUUUCCAGACGUUUGGGGACCGUGUCAAAUACUGGAUUACAAUUCACAACCCGUAUCUAGUUGCUUGGCACGGGUACGGGACAGGUGUGCAUGCCCCUGGAGAAAAGGGAAAUUUAGCAGCUGUCUACACUGUGGGACACAAUCUGAUCAAGGCUCAUUCGAAAGUUUGGCAUAACUACAACAUAAACUUCCGCCCACAUCAGAAGGGUUGGUUAUCGAUUACGCUGGGAUCCCAUUGGAUUGAACCAAACAGAUCAGAAAAUACAAUGGAUAUACUCAAGUGCCAACAAUCCAUGAUUUCUGUGCUGGGAUGGUUUGCCACACCUAUCCACGGGGAUGGUGACUAUCCGGAGGUAAUGAAAAAGAAGUUGCUCUCCAUUCUACCCCUUUUCUCUGAAGCAGAGAAGAAUGAGGUGAGGGGCACAGCCGACUUCUUUGCCUUUUCCUUUGGACCCAAUAAUUUCAAGCCACUAAACACUAUGACUAAAAUGGGACAAAAUGUGUCACUCAAUUUAAGAGAAGUGCUAAACUGGAUUAAACUGGAAUAUGGCAAUUCCCGAAUUUUGAUUGCUGAGAAUGGCUGGUUCACCGACAGUCAUGUGAAAACAGAAGAUACCACAGCUAUCUACAUGAUGAAGAAUUUCCUCAACCAGGUUCUUCAAGCAAUAAGGUUUGAUGAAGUACCAGUGUUUGGUUACACUGCCUGGUCUCUUCUGGAUGGCUUUGAAUGGCAGGAUGCUUACACCAUCCGCCGCGGAUUAUUUUAUGUGGAUUUUAAUAGUAAACACAAAGAACGAAAACCCAAGUCUUCGGCAUAUUACUAUAAACAGAUUAUUCAAGAAAAUGGUUUCAUUUUGAAAGAGUCCAUACCAGAUGUGCAGGGUCAGUUUCCCUGCGACUUCUCCUGGGGUAUCACGGAAUCUGUUCUAAAGCCGGAGUCUGUGGCUUCCUCCCCACAGUUCAGUGACCCUCAUCUGUAUGUGUGGAAUGUCACAGGCAACAGACUGUUGCACCGAGUGGAAGGGGUGAGGCUGAAAACACGGCAAGCUCAGUGCACAGACUUUGUCAGUAUCAAAAAACAACUUGAGAUGUUGGCAAGACUGAAAGUCACCCACUACAGGUUUGCUCUGGACUGGCCCUCGGUCCUUCCCACAGGAAACCUGUCUAAGGUUAAUCGACAAGCUCUGAGGUACUACAGGUGUGUGGUCAGUGAGGGGCUUAAGCUUAACAUCUCCUCAAUGGUCACAUUGUACUAUCCGACCCAUGCCCAUCUAGGUCUCCCCAGUCCUCUGCUGCACAGUGGGGGUUGGCUGAACACAUCAACAGCCAAGGCUUUCCAGGACUAUGCCGGGCUGUGCUUCCAGGAGCUGGGAGACUUGGUGAAACUCUGGAUCACCAUCAACGAGCCCAACCGGUUGAGUGACAUCUACAACCGGACCAGUAACGACACCUACAGGGCAGCCCACAACCUGCUGAUCGCCCAUGCCCUGGUCUGGCACCUUUAUGACCAUCAGUACAGGCCUUCCCAGCACGGGUCUCUGUCGCUGUCCCUGCACUCGGACUGGGCAGAACCUGCCAACCCCUACGCAGAUUCACACUGGAAGGCGGCCGAGCGGUUCCUCCAGUUUGAGAUUGCCUGGUUUGCAGAACCCAUCUUCAAGACUGGGGACUACCCCUUGGCCAUGAGGGAGUACAUUGCCUUUAAGAACAGGCAAGGACUCUCCAGCUCCACUCUGCCCCACUUCACUGAGGAGGAAAAGAGGCUGGUCAAGGGCACAGCUGACUUCUACUCUCUGAACCACUUCACCACCAGGUUUGUGAUGCACGAGCCCCAGAACAGUAGCCGCUACGACUCUGACAGGGAUGUCCAGUUUCUGCAGGACAUCACCUGCCUUAGCUCCCCCACCCGCCUGGCCGUGAUGCCCUGGGGAGAGCGAAAGGUGCUGCGGUGGAUCCAGAAGAACUAUGGAGACCUGGAUGUCUACAUCACGGCCAGUGGCAUCGAUGACCAGUCUCUGGAAAAUGAUGAACUCCGAAAAUACUAUUUAGAGAAAUAUAUUCAGGAGGCUUUGAAAGCAUACCUGAUUGACAAAGUCAAAAUCAAAGGCUACUAUGCAUUCAAAUUGACCGAAGAAAAAUCCAAACCCAGAUUUGGAUUCUUCACUUCUGACUUCAAAGCUAAAUCCUCAACACAGUUUUACAACAAACUGAUCAGCAGUAGAGGCUUCCCUUCUGAAAACAACAGUCCUAGAUGCAGUCAGACUCAAAGAAACACAGAGUGCAUGGUCUGCUUAUUUCUUAUGCAGAAGAAACCAUUGAUAUUCUUUGGCUGUUGCUUCUUUUUUACCCUAGUCCUACUUUUAUCAAUUACUAUUUUUCAUAAGCAAAAGAGAAGAAAAUUUUGGAAAGCAAAAAACUUCCAACAUAUACCAUUAAAAAAAGGCCACAAGAGAGUUUUUAGAUAAACUGGUCCUAUUUCUGGUAUCUUUUAGAAGAUAUAUUUGUAUUGUAGAAAGACCAUGAAAUACCGCAGUUAACUGUGAUGGCAACUGAUGUUUCUGCUGUCGUUCAAAUAAAUUUUCCCUUAUUAGUUAUUGACAUCAAUGAAUUCAAUUCUUGGAUCUGAAGAUAAAAACUUCACCUACAUACACAGGAAGCUGUAAGGACAGCCUGAUACAUUGCUUCAUGAAGAUUAACGAGUGGUUUUCGGUCAUUCUCUAGCUUUCUUCUACAAAUACCUAUAGCUACUUAUGGCAAAUUAUUUUUAAAAAGUGAAAUGUUAAGGCUCCACAGCUGAGAUCUACUACUCUUCUUUACAUUGGAUAGUCAGUGAUACAAUCUGUUUGUCACUUGUAACAAGGUGCUUUCUCUUAUGUCAGGGUUGUUUUCAAAUGGAAACUAAAAACACAAUAGGGUGAAUAGUGCUUGUCUAUAGCCUGUUACAGCCUAGACUCUAGAACAUUAAUCUUGUUUUUCUCAAUAGAAAAAAAAAAUUGUCAAGCAUUUAUAAAACAUCCAACUUUGUGAGAACUCCCCUUUUAUUCUCUCUCUGAUUUUUAAGAAAAUAACAUGUAACUUCCAUAACUUGUAUUAUGGAACAAUCACGAUUGUGAUUAAGGAGAGCUAGACCCAAUUGUGUGAAGAUGAGCAAGUUACUCAAACUCAUAUUACAAAGUUCCCCUUUAGACAAACUGACUUCUUCCUCAUCUAAUUGUUGAGAUGAUGUAACAUAUUUAAGAAAGUUAAACAUCCUAAAAAGAUGUAAAAUUUUAUCAGUUUUCAAUAGUAGUCAAACGACCAGAUUAUUCCACACGCAGACAGGGACCUCUCAAUGCAGUCAGAAUACAUGGACCUACAAACUGUGACUCAGGAUACAAAUCAGAACGCAGAUGGUCUGAGUUAAAAUUGUUUUAUUUUACAUAGCUCCUUUUAGUCUGUGAUUAAGUAAAAUUUUAAAUCGGAACUGAGUUUGACUUUCUUGAAAUACACUUUUUGUUCAGUGUAUUCAAAACAUUGAGGGAGAAUCUUGAAUGGAUACAUUUAUAUCCAUUCUUUUUCUAGAUUAGUCAAUGCUUAAAUCCACAGUACACACAGUAGGUGGUCACUGUCCACCCCCUUUAAGGAACUUAAAACUUUUUUAAGGGUUGAAGGAAAGUUAUGCGUAAUUACAGUAACUGGUCAAUUCUGUUUUAUUAACUAUGUGAAAUUAAGUCAUUUAAAAAAUUACUAGGCUGAUUUUUUUCCCCUUGUCACCUGAUCCCUAGCUCCAGUGAAUAUUCUACAGAAGUGUCAGCUAAGCAACUCAUCAACUUCAUGACCUUACAUCCAAAAAGUCCACUGACCUUCACUAUUUUUACUUACCUUUACAGUAAAUGCUUAAGCCAUAUGCCUUUUCUCCAGUUUGCUGCCUUGCCAUUAACUCCCCCAAAUGGUUCCUAACCCAAUCCUUACAAUACUCCUUCCUUUCUGCCACUGACAGAUUAUUUUACUGGUUUUUAAAUCAUCAUGCAAGAACCCUUAGGUAAAUAUUUAAUCUGACACGUUUUAUUAAAAUAUUUGGGUUUAUUCUAAACUUGUUUUAAAACCAUAAAAGGUCAAUUAGAAACUGCUGAUAGCUCUUGACAAGUAGCAGAAAGAUACUUAGAUUUUGAGUUUUUCUAUGGGCAACGUGUUGGGAGAAAAAAUCCGAAGUAUAUUGUUACAUUUUGUAUAUUCAGUAUGAUUUCACUAGCAAGUCUUUGAACAUGAAAAUGUUCAAAGAGCCUCUGGAAAAUGCCAGA